ACAUCGUGCCUUCUGAUGACCGGACUGGCGGCCUUUCCGGUUCUGUUUUUCUUUAUUCCGCAUCCGGCUGGUAGGGUCAUUGAACUCUGUGAGUCACUUCUGGUCGACAUGACAGUUUAUUUCCGGACUAUGGGACAAGGCUGGGGUUUCCUCUUCCCCGUAGCGGCUGGCCGCAUCGACGCCGCCAUCAUGUCAGACACGGACAGCGAUGAAGAUUCCGCUGGAGGCGGCCCAUUUUCUUUAGCCGGUUUCCUUUUCGGCAACAUUAAUGGAGCCGGGCAGCUGGAGGGGGAAAGCGUCUUGGAUGAUGAGUGUAAGAAGCGCUUGGCAGGCUUGGGGGCUUUGGGUCUGGGCAGCCUGAUCACUGAACUCACAGCAAAUGAAGAAUUGAUCGGGACUGAUGGUGCCCUGGUAAAUGAUGAAGGAUGGAUCAGGAGUACAGAAGAUGCUGUGGACUAUUCAGACAUUAAUGAAGUAGCAGAAGAUGAAAGCCGAAGAUACCAGCAAACAAUGGGGACCUUGCAGCCCCUUUGCCAUGCAGAUUACGAUGAGGAUGACUAUGAUGCUGAUUGUGAAGACAUUGAUUGCAAGUUGAUGCCUCCUCCACCUCCACCCCCAGGACCAAUGAAGAAGGAUAAGGACCAGGAUGCUAUUACUGGUGUGUCUGAGGAUGGAGAAGGCAUCAUCUUGCCCUCCAUCAUUGCCCCUUCCUCUUUGGCCUCAGAGAAAGUGGACUUCAGUAGUUCCUCUGACUCAGAAUCUGAGAUGGGACCUCAGGAAGCAACACAGGCAGAAUCUGAGGAUGGAAAGCUGACCCUACCAUUGGCUGGGAUUAUGCAGCAUGAUGCCACCAAGCUGUUGCCGAGUGUCACAGAACUUUUCCCAGAAUUUCGUCCUGGGAAGGUGUUACGCUUCCUACGUCUUUUUGGACCAGGGAAGAAUGUCCCAUCUGUUUGGCGGAGUGCUCGGAGAAAGAGGAAGAAGAAGCACCGUGAACUAAUACAGGAAGAGCAGAUCCAGGAGGUGGAGUGCUCAGUAGAAUCAGAAGUCAACCAGAAAUCUUUGUGGAACUACGACUACGCUCCACCACCACCUCCAGAGCAGUGUCUCUCUGAUGAUGAAAUCACAAUGAUGGCUCCUGUGGAGUCCAAGUUUUCCCAGUCAACUGGAGAUACAGAUAAAGUGACAGACACCAAGCCAAGAGUGGCUGAGUGGCGUUAUGGUCCUGCUAGACUGUGGUAUGAUAUGCUGGGUGUUCCUGAAGAUGGCAGUGGGUUUGACUAUGGCUUCAAACUGAGAAAGAUGGAACUUGAACCUGUGAUGAAAUGUAGAAUGAUGGAGGACUUCAGGAAACUUGAGGAAAGCAGUGGCACUGAUCUUCUGGCUGAUGAAAACUUCCUGAUGGUGACACAGCUGCAUUGGGAGGAUGAUAUCAUCUGGGAUGGCGAGGAUGUCAAACACAAAGGGACAAAACCACAGCGUGCAAGCUUGGCAGGCUGGCUUCCUUCCAGCAUGACUAGGAAUGCCAUGGCUUACAAUGUUCAACAAGGUUUUGCAGCAACCCUGGAUGAUGACAAACCUUGGUACUCCAUUUUUCCCAUUGACAAUGAGGAGCUAGUAUAUGGACGCUGGGAGGACAAUAUCAUUUGGGAUGCUCAGGCCAUGCCCCGGCUCUUGGAGCCUCCUGUUUUGACACUUGAUCCCAAUGAUGAGAACCUCAUUUUGGAAAUUCCAGAUGAAAAGGAAGAGGCUACUUCUAACUCCCCCUCCAAGGAGAGUAAGAAGGAAUCAUCUCUGAAGAAGAGUCGAAUUCUGUUAGGGAAAACGGGAGUCAUCAAGGAGGAACCACAGCAGAACAUGUCUCAGCCAGAAGUGAAAGAUCCAUGGAAUCUCUCCAAUGAUGAAUAUUACUACCCUAAGCAACAGGGUCUUCGAGGCACCUUUGGAGGAAAUAUUAUCCAGCACUCAAUUCCUGCUGUGGAAUUGCGGCAGCCCUUCUUUCCCACCCACAUGGGGCCCAUUAAAUUACGGCAGUUCCAUCGUCCACCUCUAAAGAAGUACUCUUUUGGGGCACUAUCUCAGCCAGGUCCCCACUCAGUCCAGCCCUUGCUAAAGCACAUCAAAAAGAAGGCUAAGAUGAGAGAACAAGAGAGGCAAGCUUCAGGUGGUGGAGAGAUGUUUUUCAUGCGCACACCUCAGGACCUCACAGGCAAAGAUGGAGAUCUUAUUCUUGCAGAAUAUAGUGAGGAAAAUGGACCAUUAAUGAUGCAGGUUGGCAUGGCAACCAAGAUUAAAAACUACUAUAAGCGGAAACCCGGAAAAGAUCCCGGAGCCCCAGAUUGUAAAUAUGGAGAAACUGUUUACUGCCAUACAUCUCCUUUUCUAGGCUCACUCCAUCCUGGACAAUUACUGCAGGCAUUUGAGAACAAUCUUUUUCGUGCUCCAAUUUAUCUUCAUAAGAUGCCAGAAAGUGAUUUCCUUAUUAUUCGCACAAGACAAGGUUACUAUAUUCGGGAAUUAGUGGAUAUUUUUGUGGUUGGACAGCAGUGCCCCUUGUUUGAAGUUCCUGGGCCCAACUCCAAAAGGGCCAAUACACAUAUUCGAGACUUUCUCCAGGUUUUUAUUUACCGCCUGUUCUGGAAGAGUAAAGAUCGGCCACGGCGGAUCCGAAUGGAAGAUAUAAAAAAAGCCUUUCCUUCCCAUUCAGAAAGCAGCAUCCGGAAGAGGCUAAAGCUCUGCGCUGACUUCAAACGCACAGGCAUGGACUCAAACUGGUGGGUGCUGAAGUCUGAUUUUCGUUUACCAACUGAGGAGGAGAUCAGGGCUAUGGUGUCUCCAGAGCAGUGCUGCGCUUAUUAUAGCAUGAUAGCAGCAGAGCAGCGGCUGAAGGAUGCUGGCUAUGGUGAGAAGUCCUUUUUUGCUCCAGAAGAGGAAAAUGAGGAAGAUUUCCAGAUGAAGAUUGAUGAUGAGGUUCGCACUGCUCCUUGGAACACCACAAGGGCCUUCAUUGCUGCCAUGAAGGGCAAGUGUCUCCUGGAGGUGACUGGGGUGGCAGAUCCCACAGGGUGUGGUGAAGGAUUCUCCUAUGUGAAGAUUCCAAACAAACCAACACAGCAGAAGGAUGAUAAGGAGCCUCAGCCAGUGAAGAAGACAGUGACAGGAACAGAUGCAGACCUCCGUCGCCUGUCACUGAAAAAUGCCAAGCAACUUCUACGUAAAUUUGGCGUGCCUGAGGAAGAGAUUAAAAAGUUGUCCCGCUGGGAAGUGAUCGAUGUAGUACGCACAAUGUCAACAGAACAGGCCCGCUCUGGAGAGGGGCCCAUGAGUAAAUUUGCCCGUGGAUCAAGGUUUUCUGUCGCUGAGCAUCAAGAGCGUUACAAAGAGGAAUGUCAGCGCAUCUUUGACCUGCAGAACAAGGUUUUGUCAUCAACUGAAAUCUUAUCAACUGACACAGAUAGCAGCUCAGCUGAAGACAGUGACUUUGAGGAGAUGGGAAAGAACAUCGAGAACAUGUUGCAGAAUAAGAAAACCAGCUCUCAGCUGUCACGUGAGCGGGAGGAGCAGGAGCGGAAGGAACUGCAGCGGAUGCUACUGGCAGCAGGCUCAGCAGCAUCAGGAAACAAUCACAGAGAUGAUGACACAGCUUCUGUGACUAGCCUUAACUCUUCUGCCACCGGCCGUUGUCUCAAGAUUUAUCGCACAUUUCGCGAUGAAGAGGGCAAAGAAUAUGUUCGCUGUGAGACCGUCCGAAAGCCAGCUGUCAUUGAUGCCUAUGUGCGUAUACGGACCACGAAAGAUGAGGAAUUCAUUCGCAAAUUUGCCCUUUUUGAUGAGCAGCAUCGAGAAGAGAUGCGAAAAGAACGGCGGAGGAUUCAAGAGCAACUGAGGCGGCUUAAGCGAAACCAGGAAAAGGAGAAGCUUAAGGGUCCUCCUGAGAAGAAGCCCAAAAAAAUGAAGGAGCGUCCUGACCUAAAACUGAAAUGUGGGGCUUGUGGUGCCAUUGGGCACAUGAGAACAAACAAAUUCUGCCCCCUUUAUUAUCAAACAAAUGCCCCACCUUCCAACCCUGUUGCCAUGACAGAGGAGCAGGAGGAAGAGUUGGAAAAGACAGUCAUUCAUAAUGAUAAUGAAGAACUUAUCAAGGUUGAAGGGACCAAGAUUGUCUUAGGGAAACAGCUAAUUGAGAGUGCAGAUGAGGUUCGCAGAAAAUCUCUGGUUCUCAAGUUCCCUAAGCAGCAACUUCCUCCGAAGAAGAAACGGCGAGUUGGAACCACUGUUCACUGUGACUAUUUAAAUAGACCUCAUAAGUCCAUUCACAGGCGCCGGACAGACCCCAUGGUGACAUUGUCAUCCAUUUUGGAGUCUAUCAUCAAUGACAUGAGAGAUCUUCCAAAUACGUACCCUUUCCACACUCCAGUCAAUGCAAAGGUUGUAAAGGACUACUACAAAAUUAUCACCCGACCAAUGGACUUACAAACGCUCCGUGAAAAUGUGCGUAAACGCCUCUACCCAUCUCGGGAAGAGUUCAGAGAGCAUUUGGAGCUAAUUGUGAAAAAUAGUGCAACCUACAAUGGGCCGAAGCACUCAUUGACCCAGAUCUCUCAAUCCAUGCUGGAUCUCUGUGAUGAAAAACUUAAAGAGAAAGAAGACAAAUUGGCUCGUUUAGAGAAAGCUAUCAACCCCUUGCUGGAUGAUGAUGACCAAGUGGCAUUUUCUUUUAUUCUGGACAACAUUGUCACCCAGAAAAUGAUGGCAGUUCCAGAUUCUUGGCCAUUUCAUCACCCAGUUAAUAAGAAGUUUGUUCCAGAUUAUUACAAAGUGAUUGUCAGUCCAAUGGAUUUAGAGACCAUACGUAAGAAUAUCUCCAAGCACAAGUAUCAGAGUCGGGAGAGCUUUCUAGACGAUGUCAACCUUAUUCUGGCCAACAGUGUUAAAUACAAUGGGCCUGAAAGUCAGUAUACCAAGACUGCUCAGGAGAUUGUGAACGUCUGUUACCAGACAUUGACUGAGUAUGAUGAGCAUUUGACUCAACUUGAGAAGGAUAUUUGCACAGCUAAAGAAGCAGCUUUGGAGGAAGCAGAAUUAGAAAGCUUGGACCCAAUGACCCCAGGGCCUUACACACCUCAGCCUCCUGACUUGUAUGAUACCAACACAUCCCUCAGUAUGUCUCGAGAUGCCUCUGUAUUUCAAGAUGAGAGCAAUAUGUCUGUCCUGGAUAUUCCCACUGCCACUCCAGAAAAGCAGGUGACACAGAUGCGCCAGGGCCGAGGUAGGCUGGGCGAGGAAGACUCUGAUGUAGAUAUUGAAGGGUAUGAUGAUGAGGAGGAUGGGAAACCUAAGACUCCAGCCCCAGAAGGUGAAGAUGCAGAUGGUGAUCUUGCAGAUGAAGAGGAGGGAACUGUGCAACAGCCUCAAGCCAGUGUCCUGUAUGAGGAUUUGCUUAUGUCUGAAGGAGAAGAUGAUGAGGAAGAUGCCGGGAGUGAUGAAGAAGGAGAUAACCCUUUCUCUGCUAUCCAGCUGAGUGAAAGUGGAAGUGACUCUGAUGUGGGAUCUGGUGGGAUAAGACCCAAACAGCCCCGCAUGCUUCAGGAGAACACAAGGAUGGGCAUGGAAAAUGAAGAAAGCAUGAUGUCCUAUGAGGGAGACGGUGGGGAGGCUUCUCAUGGUUUGGAGGAUAGCAACAUCAGGUCCUCAGCAACACAGCUGUCAUGGUGUAGAAGCAGAAAAGGCUGCUGCUGCUGCUCAGGUCAUUGCUCUUUUUCAUACUUCAGCAGCACCCCGUCUCCCGCUUUGAAGGGAGGUAAGAGAGCUUCAAGGGAAGGGGAAAUGAGCCAGGUCCAGGAUCUCGGGCAAGCUGUCUACUUCUGAUGUCGUCGUCUUCUCGCCCUGGUUAUGCAUAAUCCCCUGGUUGCAGGUCAUGGGGCAUCUGAUCUUCAUCCAAAGAAAUUACGGAGAUAAGAUUCAGAAACAAACUUAGAGUAUCCUUUAAUAAUUCAAUUAAACUCCGCUCUGGCUCCGGAUAAGCAGCGGCUUGGUGUGGGCUGCGCGGAGAAUGGAUGCCCUCGUGACCUAAUGUCCGGCAGGCUGUAGGGCCUGCCGACCCGGCUCACAGGGAAUCGACCGGCUGCCUGAGUGCCCGCGCCACCCGCUACCAUGAACGAGGAGGCCAUCUGCAGUGCCCUGCCCACCAUCCCGCACCACAAGCUCGCCGACUUGCGGUACCUGAGCCGCGGCGCGUCCAGCACAGUGUCUUCUGCCCGCCACGCAGACUGGCGCGUUCAGGUGGCCGUGAAACACCUGCACAUUCACACCCCGCUGCUGGACAGUGAUUGGUGAAUUAUUCUCUGUAACCUGACUUCUGCCCAAUGAGUGGACCUUCCCCAACAAUCUCCCAACUCCUUAUCAUGAGUAGAGUGCUGCCAUGUCAUGAGGACAUUCAGAGAGCCAGUGGAGAGGCCUAUGUGACAAAGAAAGAAGACCUGACAGCAACAUGAGCAAUCUUGGAAGGGGACUCUCCCCCAGUUGAUUUUUUUUUUUGUUUUUUUGGUUUUCUUGGCUGUACGCUGGCCUCUCACUGUUGUGGCCUCUCCCGUUGUGGAGCACAGGCUCCGGACGCACAGGCUCAGCGGCCAUGGCUCACGGGCCCAGCCGCUUCGCGGCAUGUGUUUCUACAGAAACUGAGAUAAUGUCUGUUCUAAAAAAUAAUAAUAAUGGUAAUGAUUCGAUUAAACUUUACAUUAAUAUAACAGCAAAGAACUACGUGGGAGAUGAGUCUUAGUAAUUACAGAUCUCUAUUAACAAAACUGGGAUUUAACAUUCAUUGCAAAAUCUUUUUCACUCUAAAAUUACCCUCUUUUUUACUAAAUGUAACCAAAUUAAAGCUAAAUGGUUUGCAAAAUAAGUGUGGUCUCAGUAAACUUGGUUUGAUGAUUUAUAUAACUGUAAUUGAUCAUAUAGACUUUUUACUUGCUGAAACUUUUUUUUUUUUUUUUUUUUUUGUGGCAUGUGGGCCUCUCACUGUUGUGGCCUCUCCCGUUGCAGAGCGCAGGCUCAGCGGCCAUGGCUCACGGGCCCAGCCGCUCCACGGCAUGUGGGAUCUUCCCGGACCGGGGCACGAACCCGUGUCCCCUGCAUCGGCAGGCAGACUCCCAACCGCUGUGCCAUCAGGGAAGCCCCCAGUUGAGCUUUGAGAUGACUGUAGCCCCUGCCAAUAUUUUGAUGGCAGCCUGCCUGAGAGCCGGAGCCUGAGGCUUUGACACUCCCAGCUAAGUUGCACCUGUUUUCCUAUGUCUGUUUCUACAGAAACUGUGAGAUAAUGUCUGUUGUUCUAAAAAUAAUAAUAAUGAUUCGAUUAAACUUUACAUUAAUAUAACAGUAAAGAACUAUGUGGGAGAUGAGUCUUAGUAAUUACAGAUCUCCAUUAACAAAACUGGGAUUUAACAUUCAUUGCAAAAUCUUUUUCUCUCUAAAAUUACCCUCUUUUCUACUAAAUGUAACCAAAUUAAAACUAAAUGGUUUGCAAAAUAA